AUGCAGUCGAGCGGCCAACCCGAGCAGAGGAGCGGUAAGCGCAAAUCGAUCGGCAAGAGGAAGCUUUCUGAUCAAGGAGAGCCAUCGCAGCCACAACCGCAGAGGACCAUCUCCGAGGUUUUAUCGAAGAACAAACGUUCGCACGAUUCUCUGCCAUCGAAAUCCUCCCCAAACUCCAAGCGUUCCCGCUUCUCCGUCUCCCCCUCGCGCUCGUCCCCAGUUCACGCAGUCUCGCCCAAUAAGAUGUAUAACUUCUCCGGAUCCCCGCCUAAGAAUGGUGCGGCUUUCAUCCGGGCGGGGACUACGUCUCACACUACAUCAGAGAAAUCCUCAGCAGUGAAUGGAAUGAACACUCGUCAGAGCAACUUCAGCCCUGGUGUCGGCCCCAAGAAGCUCGUCGUCAAGAACCUUCGUGCUGGACCGCGGGUAAAUCAUGAGCCAUACUUCAACAAGAUCUGGGCACAACUUGAUGAGGCUUUAAUGGACAUCUUUGAAGAUAGGAAGCCUAACAUCUCGUUAGAGGAGCUUUAUAAGGGUGCCGAGAACAUCUGCCGACAUGAUCGCGCGACCCUGCUAGCGAAGAAAGUUCAGGAACGGUGCAAGGCGUUUGUCGCGGGAAAACUACGUGAUAACCUGGUGAUAAGGGCAGGAGGUGGGACUGAUGUCGAUACAUUGCGGGCAGUGAUCGAGGCAUGGUCCUCAUGGUAUUCAAGACUGAUUACGAUCCGUGGGGUCUUUUAUUAUCUUGACCAGUCAUUUCUCUUGCAUUCAAAGGACUUCCCAGUGAUUCAUGAAAUGGGACUCAUCCAAUUUCGCUCAUAUGUCUUUGCCGACAAAAGCCUCAAGCCUAAGAUUCUGCAAGGUGCCUAUGACCUCAUUUCCGUCGAGAGAGGAGCAGAAACUAGAAUCAGGCCGGACCAGAGUCUACUCAGGUCUGCCAUAGAACUUUUCCACAAUCUCGAUGUCUACAACAGUGAUUUCGAGCCGCUCUUUGUAUCCAACACAAAGAAGUUUGUCACUGCAUGGGCUUCGGAAGAGUCAGAAAAGACCCUUGCUUCAUAUAUCAAGAACAGCCACGACUUGAUCGAAAGUGAAGUAGAACGAUGUGGAUUUUUCUCUCUUAAUCGAAGCACGAAGCAGAAACUUUCCGACCUUCUAGAUCAAUAUCUGGUUGCUGAAUAUGCGGACGUUCUCCUUAGAGAGAAAGAGGUAGUUGAUUUGAUGGUAUCGGGCAACAAGUCUGCUCUGAAACAGCUCUACGGCCUCCUCACUCGGCGAGGUCUGGGCAUAAAACUCAAACCAGCAUUUGGAAAGUUCAUCGUGGAGGAAGGCUCUAAUAUUGUGUUUGAUGGCGAUCAAGAAGCAGUGAUGGUCAUUCGAUUACUUCGCUUCAAACAGCAAUUGGACGAAAUCUGGACUGAUUCGUUCAACGGGGAUGUAGACCUGGGUAAUACACUACGGGACUCAUUCGGCCAUUUCAUGAAUUUGGGCAAAAAGUCAGAAUCUUCCGGUGGCACCGAUAACCCCAAGACCGGUGAAAUGAUUGCGAAAUACGUUGAUCGGCUCUUAAAGGGUGGUUUGAAAGCGUUGCCACCCAGCCAAGCAGAUGCGCCGCUGGACGACUCAUUCUCUGAAAUGCGACGACAACUUGACCAAGUGCUGGAUCUUUUCCGAUUCGUGCAAGGAAAAGCAGUCUUCGAAGCAUUUUACAAGAAUGACCUUGCCCGGCGUCUGUUGAUGAACCGAAGUGCAAGCGAUGAGGCUGAGAAGGAAAUGUUAGUUCUUCUGAAGAAAGAAUGCGGGUCAGGCUUCACCCACAACCUCGAAUCGAUGUUCAAAGAUAUGGAUGUGGCACGCGAUGAGAUGACCGCUUAUAACUCCAUGCAGAAACAGCUUGAUCGGAGCAAGCGCCUGCCUAUGGAUUUGAAUGUUAGCGUGCUCUCCGCGGCAUCGUGGCCAUCGUACCCCGACGUUCCUGUUCAGGUUCCACCAAGCAUCCUGAGUGCACUUCGCAGCUUUGAGACGUUCUAUCAUAACAAGCACACUGGCCGGAAGCUCACCUGGAAGCACCAAUUAGCGCAUUGUCAGCUACGAGCUCGAUUCCCCAAGGGGGACAAGGAGUUGGUGGUCAGUUCCUUCCAGGCCUUUGUGCUACUCCUAUUCAAUGACGCCGAGGGUGGUAGUCUGCGCUAUCAAGAAAUUCAGGAGAGCACAGGACUAUCGGACCCGGAGUUGAAGCGAACCUUACAGUCUUUAGCGUGCGCCAAGUACCGUGUGCUGACAAAGAAGCCCAAGGGCAAGGAAGUCGAGUCAACAGACGAAUUCAGCUACAAUGCAGCAUUCACUGACGCCAAGAUGCGGAUCAAGAUCAACCAGGUCCAACUGAAAGAAACCAAGGAGGAGAACAAGACUACCCACGAGCGAGUGGCAGCAGACCGGCACUUUGAAACCCAGGCGGCGAUUGUGCGUAUCAUGAAGGGCCGGAAGACGAUCAAGCACUCCGAGUUGAUUGCAGAGGUCAUCGAGGCUACCCUCAGCCGGGGUCAGCUCCAGCCACCAGACAUUAAGAUCAACAUUGACAAAUUGAUUGAGAGAGACUAUAUGGAACGAGUCGAGCCCAACUCAUACAAUUAUGUGGCAUAA